AUGGAGCAGGAGGCUGUUGAGAGAGCGGUCGAGUUUAAGAAACCGUUGAAUUUUAAUGAUGUGAGAAAGGGAAGAGACCUUAUCCUGAUCAAGGUUAGACCUGGAAUUAAUGGACUGGUGCCCGAAUAUCUACGUCAUGAUUGCUCGAACGCCACCCUCUUCACUCCCAACUCCACCUACCAGUCCAACCUCGACGCCCUCCUCUCUUCCCUCUCCUCCGCCGCCUCCAACAGCACCAACGGCUUCGCCAACGCCACCGCAGGCCAAAACCCUCCGGACCGGGCGUAUGGGCUCUUCCUUUGCCGUGGUGACCUUGGCACCGUCAUGUGCAGUGACUGCGUGGCCUUUGGAAAACAGGAUAUCCUCGAAAGAUGCCCCAACCAGCGAGUCUCUGUGAUAUGGUACGGUGAGUGCAUGCUGAGGUAUUCGAACGCGUAUAUCUUCUCGGUCAUGGCGGAUGAGCCGUCUAUCUUUGCGUACAACCCCAACAACGUCACCGACGUAACCCUGUUCAUGGAGCUCCUGAAUUCAACCCUGAAUGACGUCGCCACGAGGGCUUCAACUGGCGGGUCAGGGAAGAAGGUCGCAGUGGCACAGAGGGACCUCACGAGCUCGCAGAAGUUGUACUCAUUCGCCCAAUGCACUCCGGACUUGACAACGUCAGACUGUGCCGCGUGUCUUCGGUACGCGAUCCGUAAACUGGUACAAGGGAAGCAAGGGUGGAGGGUGGUCAGUCCGAGCUGCAACGUGAGGUACGAAAACUCCCCCUUUUAUAACGCCUCAGCCCUUCCGGCGCCUCCGCCUCCGGCUCCUGCUCCAGCACCUCCGCCUCGGCUUCUUGCUCCAGCACCUCCGCCUCCCGCUCCGAUGACCGGACCUACAGACAAGUGUAUGAUCGAAGGAAAAAGCAACAAGUCGACCAUGACGAUCAUCGCCAUUACCGUUUCUGUUGGAAGUGUUAUGGUACUUCUCUUUCUCACUUGUUGUUUGCUUCGAAGAAAGGGAAUGAAGACGUAUGAAGCCGUCAAAGGAACAAGUGGUGCAAAUGAACUUGCCACUAAGGAGUCCUUGCAAUUUGACUUGGCUACAUUACAAUCCGCGACAAAUUAUUUCUCUCCUGCAAAUAAGUUGGGUGAAGGUGGAUUUGGUGAGGUUUUUCAGGGCAGACUUCCUGAUGGACAACAAAUCGCGGUGAAGAGGUUAUCUCAAACCUCAAGACAAGGUGAUGAAGAAUUUAAGAAUGAAGUUCUAGUAGUUGCGAAGCUCCAACAUAGAAACCUUGUACAACUGCUCGGAUUUUGCUUGGAAGGAUACGAAAAGCUACUAGCCUAUGAGUUUGUGCCAAAUAAAAGCCUCGAUUACUUCUUAUUUGAUCCCCAAAAAAGUGGUCAAUUGAAUUGGCCAUUACGAUACAAAAUAAUAUCUGGGAUCGCUCGAGGAUUGCUCUAUCUACACGAAGAUUCUCGUCUCCGGAUCAUUCAUCGUGAUUUAAAAUGUAGCAAUAUCUUGUUAGAUAGUGAAAUGAUCCCGAAGAUUUCAGAUUUUGGCAUGGCAAGAAUUUUUGGAGUUAAUCAAACUCAAGCUAGCACAAAUAAAAUUGUGGGGACUUUUGGUUACAUGUCUCCAGAAUAUGCAAUGCAUGGAGAGUUCUCAGUGAAAUCCGAUGUUUAUAGUUUUGGCAUACUACUUCUAGAAAUCAUUUGCGGCAAGAGAAAUCACUUUUACCACCAAUUGGAUGGGGGUGAAUAUCUUGCUAGUUAUGCGUGGAAUCAAUGGAGAGACGGCAAGCCCUUAGAAGUGUUGGACCCAGCUAUCAUGGAUUCAUAUUCAAGAGAUGAAGUACUUCGAUGCUUGCACAUUUGCUUACUAAGCAUUCAAGAGGAUCCGGCUAUUAGACCCACCAUGGCCACUGUAGUUCUCAUGCUCAGCAGCAAUUCCAUUACUCCACCAUCGCCUCGACAUCCAGCCUUCUUUGUUCGAAGUAGAAUACAAAGAUUGAGCAUUCCAAUGAAAGAGCUUGAAUUGGACCAAUCCACUGGAAGGGCUAUGCCUUCGUUGACUAAUGGCAUGUCGGUUACGGAAUUGUACCCCCGGUGAAUGGCGGUGGAAGUGAAAUCCUUAUUUAUGGGUGGUCUCACAGCGAGAUUGCUUGGCUUCCCACUGAGAUUAUUU